GGUGUGAGCUCUUGUUUUCUUUGCUUUUAAGAGUAUACUAUAUGUUUUUGAUUCCAAGUCUGAUGCAUUAGGUGAUAUUUUAGUUAAUCUUUUAAUUAUUUACUAUCUACUAGAAAUCAUAGUGGCAUCUUAUUGUUUUCAUUUGCUGUUUGUUCAACUCACCGUAAAGAGCAUGAAAGCAUAUUUUGGUGUACGUCACAUAAAGCUCUAGGUUGCAAUUCAGAAUAUUUUUCGAUCUUGUUUUAUCUAAGAGCACUUUUACUUUAACUGAUAGGUCCUCAAGAUGGCUAAAGCUCUUCAGAGAUUUGGCAUGAAAAGAGCAUUGGUUGUCCAUUCGGUUGGCUUGGAUGAAAUGAGCCCCCUUGGACCAGGAUUGAUCCUUGAUGUCACCCCAGGAAAUAUAGAGAAGUUUCAAUUUGAUCCAUUGGAUUUUGGCAUUCCUCGUUGCACUCUUGAGAGCUUAAAAGGUGGAUGUCCGGAGUAUAAUGCCAAGGUAUUGAGGAGUGUACUAUCAGGAGAAAGAGGAGCAAUUGCAGAUGCCCUUAUUAUAAAUGCAGCGGCAGCUCUCUUGGUUAGUGGUCGUGUUAGCACCCUGGCGAAGGAGUGACCUUGGCUCGUGAGGUUCAAUUAUCAGG